AUGUUGAAGACCUACUUUAUCAUUCCUAGUACGGAGUACAAGCCUGAUGAUUAUAUUAAACUCGGCCAAGUUAUCACCCACCCCAUGAAACCCUUUGUUCCACUUGCCAAACCCCUGCCUCUCGACGGCGCACUCGCACCUCGCAUUUCGCAGGUGCGCGAAUGGACAGGCGAGAGCACCAAAGAAGAUAACGCGUCGAUUGGUCUCUUCAGUCGCUUCCUUUCAAUCAUGAAAAACGAGGCAUCCGUCACCAAAACCAAGCACGAGCAUCAAACUUGGAAGAUUGCAGUGCUGGAAACACAGUGUUUUGAAGUUAGCGUCGACCCAUCGUACAUCACCCGAACGUCGAAGAUACCCGAGGUCGUCGACUGGCUUCGCAAUAUAGGUUGGUAUGGAAAGCCCCUCUAUAUGGUGACUGGGCUCAAAAUAGCUCAAGGCCGAAGUGUGAGGACGUACAACUUGGAUACAGGUGGCGACCAGAAGGCGAAUUUUCAAGCCACGGUUAGUUCCCUGCCAGGUGGUGAUUUUGGGGCGGGGGUUCAGGCCACCCGUGGGAGUAACUCGCAGAUGGCCCAUAGCUCGGAGUCAGACGAAGCGUACGUUUUUGCAUAUCGGCUGGGAAAGCUAAAGGUGACCUGGAAGCAGCAGCUAAGCAGUCAUGUUGAGGAUUACGCUCCUCAGGCUGACCUGCACGGCGAAUCUGAGGUCAACAUGCGCCGCAGCACGGCUGCGCAUGGGAAGGAAAUGCUUGAGAUUGAGAGGGCCGAGGUAAAAGACCAUGAUUUUAACUCUUUUCUGUCUGCUAGAUUUGAGAGGUUUAAAGCUAUCGACGAGGAUGACGGCAAGCAGUGCUUGGUGAUUAUCCCAGAGGCCUAA